AUGACAUUAUUGUCCUUCUUUUUUUCUUUUGACUUUUCUUUUUUUAUAUUAUUAUUUCUUUUCUUUCUUUUAUUUUGUUUCAUUUUUCUUCAUUCCUCCAUCCAAUAUUGUCCUUUUUUUCUUUUACUUUUUCUUUUUUAUAUUACCAUUGCUUUCUUUCUUUUAUUUUUUGUUUCAUUUUUUCUUCAUUUCCUUACGUCAUUAUUGUCCUUCUUUUUUCUUUUACUUUUUUCUUUUUAUAUUACCAUUGCUUUCUUUUUUUUUAUUUUGUUUCGUUUUCUUCUUUCCUUACAUCACAGUAUUGUCCUUCUUUUUUCUUUACUUUUCUUUUAUAUUACCAUUGCUUUUCUUUCUUUUAUUUUGUUUCGUUUUCUUCAUUCCUUGUCACAGUAUUGUCCUUCUUUUUUUCUUUUACUUUUCCUUUUAUAUUACCAUUGCUUUCUUUUUUUUAUUUUGUUUCGUUUUUCUUCAUUCCUUAUAUCACAGUAUUUUCCUUCUUUUUUUCUUUACUUUUCUUUUUAUAUUACCAUUGCUUUCUUUCUUUUAUUUUUGUUUCGUUUUCUUCAUUCCUUCUUAGUAUUGUCCUUCUUUUUCUUUUACUUUUUCUUUUAUAUUACCAUUUUUCCUUUUCUUUUAUUUUUUUUCGUUUUCUUCAUUCCUUACAUGACAUUAUUGUCCUUCUUUUUCUUUUUCUUUUUUUCUUUUUAUAUUACCAUUGCUUUCUUUCUUUUAUUUUUUGUUUCGUUUUUCUUCAUUCCUUACAUGACAGUAUUGUCCUUCUUUUUUCUUUUACUUUUUUUCUUUUUAUAUUACCAUUGUCCUUUCUUUCUUUUAUUUUGUUUCGUUUUUCUUCAUUCCUCCAUCCUUCUUAUUGUCCUUCUUUUUUUCUUUGAAUUUUUUCUUUUUUAUAUUACCAUUGCUUUCUUCUUUUAUUUUUGUUUCGUUUUCUUCAUUCCUUACAUGACAGUAUUUCCUUCUUUUUCUUUGAUUUUUUCUUUUUAUAUUACCAUUGCUUUCUUUCUUUUAUUUUUGUUUCAUUUUCUUUUUUCCUUACAUGACAGUAUUUCCUUCUUUUUUUUUUUACUUUUCUUUUAUAUUACCAUUGUUUGUUUCUUUUAUUUUUUGUUUCGUUUUCUUCAUUCCUUUAUCUGUAUUGUUUUUCUUUUUUCUUUUACUUUUUCUUUUUAUAUUACCAUUGCUUUCUUUCUUUUAUUUUUGUUUCGUUUUCUUCAUUCCUUACAUGACAGUAUUGUCCUUCUUUUUUCUUUGACUUUUUCUUUUUAUAUUACCAUUGCUUUCUUUCUUUUAUUUGUGUUUCGUUUUCUUCAUUCCUUACACGUCUGUAUUGUCUUUCUUGUUUUCUUUUACUUUUUCUUUUUAUACUACCAUUGA